AUGGCGAAUGCAACCGAGUGGUACCAACCGGACGUAGCGGGUAGCAGCGGGUAUCAGCCCGGUUACGAGGUACCCCUCUUGACCGUGGUGUGUCUGCUGGGAUUCACCGGCAACUUCAUGGUGUGGACCGUCUACAGUAAGCCUAAGUACAGGAAAUCCAAUGCUGCCCUUUACAUACUCAGUUUGGCCGCAGGAGAUAUUUUGGCUCUAGUCGUGGUGGUUUUCCACAUUACGGAAUUCUUCCCAAUCACGUGGCCAGUCCUGUGGGCGUUCGACUGGCAGUGCUCCGUCCAUCGAUUUUUUCGAUUUGUGGGUUUCAACAACACCGUUCUGACGAUGACGGCCAUCGCAGUGGACCGCUUCUACGCAGUGCGCCACCCAGUGGCCUUUCGGACCAGGUUCACUAUCAAGAGAACACGAAUCAUCAUCGGGACUUUGUGGGUGAUGUCACUUGCUGCUGCCGUACCAACCGCUUUCAUGUUUCAGAGUAUCUUUGGUGGGAGUGGCCAAGCUGUGACGUACCCAGGGAAGAUCCCCUUUGCCUGCAAGCUGGUUACCCCCUUCGGCAAAUGGUUCAAGGACUUUAAAGCCAUCUAUCUUAAUGUCGUCUUGUUCUACCUACCGGUUGUCAUCACUGCUGCCCUCUACGUCCAAAUUGUCCUCCACGUGUGGAAAAACAACAAGUUCAUUCGCGCCCGCAUGGGUCAGGUUCCCCAUCGCAACUCGCACUGGAAAACUGCCAAGACACUCCUUACAGUUUUCGUUGUGUACGUCGCUUGUUACAUCAUCCUGAUUACGUACAAUGUGCUGGCUCCGUACGCACCGAACCUACUGUCGCCACAAGUGAAAAACGCGGGACUGCUUCUUCCUUACGUCAACAGCUGUCUCAAUCCCAUUGUGUACUCGUUCACCAAUCCCAGUUUUCGCAAAGCAUGCCGGGGCAUCACACGCUGCAGGCUUGUGAUCCGCGCCGAUACGUCACAAACUGAUGGCGUCAACAGCUCGGCAGACGACCAGCAACCAAAAGGAAACAAGGACGAGGAGUUACAGGUUCCUCCUCCAGCAACAGUUUCCGUUAUUGUUGCUAACUUAUUCGUGGAAGACGACAAUAAACGACCUGAUAUGGAAGACAAAAUCCCUCCAAACCUUCGUAGAAAUCCUGAACGUGACACACAUAUGUAGCUUCUUGAAUUUUUGCAACCUAUAUUUAAAAUUUAGUCAACCUAAAUGGACAGUUUGCACCAACAAACAGUUUUCAUUCCUGCAUGUCAAAAUUAAGUUAUAAACAUCGUUCAACGUUAACACUAAAAUACGCGUACGUUACGAGGAUAAAUAUUAAUUUGAACACCUGCAAAGCUGUUGAUUACUUGGGUGCUGCAAUAAAUGACGGCACUUACGUUGACAAAUAUAGACAGGCUGUGGUUAUACAGUAGCAACAAAAGUUUAAUCGCUCGGUCGAGGCUAAAAUCGUUGCGAUGGGCCGGUGUACGUUAAAAAAAUAACAAUAUGAAGACGACUGUGAACUUGUCACUGGUUAUUAACGUGGCAAUGAGUGCCACUGUUUGGGUAAUAAUUGAUUACCCUUCAGUUUUUCAGAUUAACGAGUCUGUUGGUAUGUGAGAGGAGAUUUUUCUCGGUUUAAAUUCCUCCAGUGUUUGUUGCAGAGCAGACCUCGACAGGAGUGCCAGCAAGUUGCUGUUUUUGCCGAAUCUCUGGUUAUAAAAAGUUCAAUCACCUACAGUCGCUUGCCAUUUUGUGCAGAAAUGAGAUAUUUAAAGUGACGUUCUGACCUGCUAAUGGAACCUAAUAGAAAAUAGCAAAAAUGAAGGCGAUCAAAACAGCGGGGUUUUACUGAUUAUAUAGAGUUCAUCAAUACUUUGCCUUGUAUGUAAUUACGGAUUUUGAUUGGAAGAAAGUGCAAUUUAAAUUGUAAAUUCUAUAUUUUAAAAGUAGAAUCAAAUAUAUGUACAUACUAUUGCAACGUAUUUUACCAAACUGAUUACAGGUUAGACUGUGCAGUAUUUACAAGUCAUAAAAUUGUACGUAAACUUCAGUACUGUAAUGCACUGUACACGCAAAAUGCACCUAUUUUGUGGAGCACACUACUGUAAGGGUCAUUAAAAUUCAAGCACAAUGUCUAGGUGCGUGUCGAGUCAAGCUGACGCCAAACUCAUGUAAUAGCCAAGGGUACGUUCGAGCGAGCUACUUGCGUCAACACGAAUAUACUCCUGAGCGCUCGAACGGUUGGAGUACGACUUGAGGGUCGGCGAGAGUAUGCUCUCGCUUGAGGGGGAGUAUGCGCCUGCACCUGAGUGUAAUGCGCACGCAUCCUGCUCGUGUUAACAGGAGUAACCACGCGAACGCGCCCUUAAAUACCACACGUGACCGUAUUUCGGCCAAUCAGGAAGAGGUGAGUGAUAAUGCCUGCUGAGAAGUGAUUUUGCCCGCUGAGUAAAUCAUGCGCUGGCACAUGGAUACGAAACAGUUUAAUCGGGUCUGAUUGGUCAGGAGUCUGUGUGCAUGCGAUG